UCUUUUAUUUUAAACCUCCAAUUCCGACAGCUCAUUCAAUCUACCGAGAGGCAAAACCAAAAACAUAAAAAUCAUGAGAAACGUUUUCUCAUUUUUUUUAAUGUUUAAUAAAUGAAUAAAAUACUAAAGUGGCCAUAAAUUAUAUGCCAUGGUUUCCAUAACUCCUCCCACCAUGAAAUUGUGAUCCUCAAAAAUGUCUGCUCUUCAAUUCUCGACCUCCUCCAAAUCUAACAACAUUUCCAGCUUCGAUGAGAAUCGGUGGGUCAUCAACAUCCGUCGAACCCUCGAGGAAGAGCUCGAAGACGACGCCCAAGUGCCCGUUUCCAUCUUCAACGUUCCCAAGCCACUCAUGUCCGCCCAUCCCGAUUCCUACACUCCCCAAGAGGUGUCCCUUGGCCCCUAUCAUCACUGGCGGCCAGAGCUGUACGAGAUGGAGAGGUACAAGCUGGCUUCAGCAAAACGGGCGCAGAAGCAGCUGCAGUGCCUCAAAUUUGAAGAUAUAGUUCAUCAAUUGGUCAAGCUCGAGGCUUGGAUUCGGGCGUGUUACCACAAGUACUUGGACUUAAGCGGGGAAACUCUGGCUUGGAUGCUGGCUGUGGAUGCAUCAUUUCUACUUGAGUUUCUACAGGUAUAUACUAUGCAUGAUGGAAAGACUUUAACCAGAGUUUCCUCCAGAAUGUUGCAUCUGGUGGAUUAUGCGGGGAGGAAAUCUGCCCACAACGCGAUUCUUAGAGACAUGAUAAUGCUCGAGAAUCAAAUUCCUCUGUUUGUCCUGAGGAAGAUCCUGGAAUUCCAAUUCCCAUCUCUGGAAUUAGCUGACGAAAUGCUGAUGUCCAUGUUGACCGGAUUCUGCAAGGAGCUUUCCCCAUUCAAAAUGAUGGAGGUCUUUCCGAACAUCAAUGUCUACAAACAUGCUCACAUUUUAGACCUGCUCUACGAAAUUCUCGUACCGAAGAUAAUUAACGAAUCAGAUGAACAGAUCGAAGCGGAGGAUCAGAAAGAUGAAACACAAAGCAGAGGAAGCGGUGCAGCAGAAUAUAGCUAUGUGAGACAGCUCCUGAAUGUGGUAUUAACUCUUAUAUUCAAAGUACAGAGAGGCCCCCUGCGUCUCAUUAAAUUUGUACUCAAAUUACCAUGGACAAUCAUCUCCAACUUACCUGGAUUCACAAUCCUGAGACAGCCGGUGGACUAUCUAUUCUUUUCACAAAAUAAGGAAGAAGUCAAGCCGGAAAACAAUAGCGCUACCAUUAACAAACCUCCUUUGGUGGAGGAAAUCGACAUCCCUUCGGUUUCUGAGCUCUUUAAGUCAGGCGUCUGUUUCUCCCCCACAACUGGUAACAUCUCCUCUAUCAGUUUCGAUGUCAACACAGUUACGUUAUACCUUCCGACCAUCAGUUUGGACGUUAACUCCGAGGUGAUCCUGAGGAACUUGGUAGCCUAUGAAGCAUCAAACGCGUCCGGACCACUGGUUUUCGCGCGAUACACAGAGUUAAUGAACGGGAUCAUCGACACCGAAGAAGAUGUCAAAUUGCUAAGGCAAAAAGGGAUUAUUUUAAACCGAUUAAAGAAAGACGCUGAGGUUGCGGAUCUAUGGAAUGGGAUGAACAAGUCCAUUAGAUUAACGAAAGUUCCUUUUUUAGACAAGGUGAUUGAAGACGUUAACAAGUAUUAUAAGAGCCGGUGGAAUGUCAGGCUCCGAAGCUUUGUGAGGCAAAACGUUUAUGGUUCCUGGCGAUUUCUGACACUGCUCGCCGCAAUCUUGCUAUUGAUCUUGAUGACAUUGCAAGCAUUCUGUUCAGUCUAUAGCUGGUCUCGCAUAUUUCGUAUCAAUACUACAAGUUCUUGAACACCAAGUCGUUUUUUUUUUUUUUUUGGUUUCAAACAUUUAAACAUGAAUAACUGUAAUUGGUUUGUUUGAUUGAUCUGUUUGUUUUCCAAAAUGAUGUUGUUCGAUUCUUCAUGGACAAGUUGUUAUGAUGUUUUUUCUCUUUAGAACUAUAGAUGAUACUUACCACUUUCGUCAUGCUCUAUACUUGCCACUUCUGUCAGAAUCACAUGUAUUUUGAAAAUAUAAAAUUUCUUAAUCUUG